GUGAAGAGAGGGGAGAAGUGUCGGUCGGAGCCUCGCCACCUGGCGAUGCCAGUUUACUGAGUUGUGAGGCGUCUCCAGGUGUUAGACGGCUCCUGCAGCUGUCCCGCCUUCUCUCUCUUUUAUCCCCACACGCACGGAUUUGUAAUUUUUUUUCGGUGUGUGUGACUUUCCGGUGCGGGGAGGACGGAGGGGAUGCGUGUCCGCUGCGCGGCUGGAUAGAUGGAUGGAUGGACGGACGUGUCCGCUCCGGGACGCGCUGGAAUAACGCGGUGAACUAACGGGAACGGGAUCGCGCUUCUCUUCUUUUCGCUCUGGAGUUCCUCUCCCUCUUUCAGUCUCUGGAAUAGUGUGGGAACGGGGUCUUUUUUUCCAUGUUGUUGUUCUUCAUCAACCCUCCGGGCUCUGAUCACCUGCUAUGUGUGUGAUGUGGAAAAUACCUGGUGGAAGGUGUACAGAGGGAUCCAGCCUGGGAGGACAGGACAUCUGAUAUCCACAGAAAGAAGCUCCGCUCCUCAUUCUGAUUUCUCUCAUCUCUGUUUCUUUCUCCAAUCCCGUGCGUGAUGUGCGUGGAAUGAACACAGAGGAUGGAUAUAAUUUGGGAAAUAUUGAUCAUUCUCCACGCUAAUCUCAUCGUCUGCAUAUCAGCACAGCCGAACCCGCCCAAAAUUCACGAGGGAUGGUGGGCGUACAAGGAGGUGGUGCAGGGCAGCUUCGUUCCAGUGCCGUCCUUCUGGGGGCUGGUGAACUCGGCCUGGAACCUGUGCUCGGUGGGGAAGAGGCAGUCGCCCGUCAACAUUGAGACCAGCCACAUGAUUUUUGACCCCUUCCUCACGCCCAUCAAGCUGAACACGGGCGGACGCAAGGUCGGUGGGACGAUGUACAACACGGGCCGCCACGUCUCUCUGCGACUGGACAAGGAGCAUCUGGUGAACAUCUCCGGCGGGCCGAUGACCUACAGCCACCGUCUGGAGGAGAUCCGGCUACACUUCGGCAGCGAGGACAGCCAGGGGUCCGAACACCUGCUCAACGGCCAGGCCUUCUCCGGAGAGGUUCAGCUGAUCCACUACAAUCAUGAGCUGUACACAAAUUAUACAGAAGCUGCUAAGAGCCCCAAUGGACUGGUCAUAGUGUCCAUAUUCAUGAAGAUUGCUGAGGCGUCAAACUCCUUCCUGAAUCGGAUGUUGAACAGAGACACCAUCACAAGAAUAACGUAUAAAAAUGACGCUUACCUCCUGACCGGCCUGAACAUCGAGGAAAUUUACCCAGAGACCAACAGUUUCAUCACAUACGACGGAUCGAUGACCAUCCCGCCGUGCUUUGAGACUGCCACGUGGAUCCUGAUGAACAAGCCGGUGUACCUCACACGUAUGCAGAUGCACUCGUUGCGGCUGCUGAGUCAAAACCAGCCGUCUCAGAUCUUCAUGAGCAUGAGCGACAACGUUCGCCCGGUCCAGCCGUUGAACAACCGCUGCAUCCGCACCAACAUCAACUUCAGCAUGCAGGGGAAGGACUGCCCCAACAACAGGGCUCAGAAGCUCCAGUACCGAGUGAACGAGUGGUUGCUAAAGUAGCCUCCCUUGGAUGAGCGUGGAAGACGACUGUCAGCAGCGGAGGAGGAGGAAGAGGAGGAAAAGGGGAAAAAGAUUUGAAAACUGGUCUUCAGGCUGCAUCUCAUCCAAGAUUCUCUCAUGGCAUUGUAUAAAGACACAGGACAUUGCGCGAAUGAAGGAACUUUGCGAG